CGGGCCCGCCGCCCGCGCCCCCCACGCUGGCCCAGAGGGCUGCGGCCGCGUCGCCGCUGAGGAUGUCCCGGAAGGGGCCGCGGGCGGAGGUGUGUGCGGACUGCAGCGCCCCGGACCCUGGCUGGGCCUCCAUCAGCAGGGGCGUGCUGGUGUGUGACGAGUGCUGCAGCGUGCACCGGAGCCUGGGCCGCCACAUCUCCGUCGUCAAGCACCUGCGCCACAGCGCCUGGCCUCCCACACUGCUGCAGAUGGUGCACACGCUCGCCAGCAACGGGGCCAACUCCAUCUGGGAGCACUCCCUGCUGGAUCCCGCGCAAGUGCAGAGCGGCAGGCGCAAAGCCAACCCCCAGGACAAAGUCCACCCCAUCAAGUCAGAGUUCAUCAGGGCCAAGUACCAGAUGCUGGCGUUCGUGCACAAGCUUCCCUGCCGGGACGACGACGGGGUCACUGCCAAAGACCUCAGCAAGCAACUGCACUCAAGUGUGCGGACAGGCAACUUGGAGACGUGUCUGCGCCUGCUGUCCCUGGGCGCCCAGGCCAACUUCUUCCAUCCAGAGAAGGGCACCACACCUCUGCACGUGGCUGCCAAGGCGGGCCAGACCCUGCAGGCUGAGCUGCUUGUAGUGUAUGGGGCUGAUCCUGGCUCCCCCGAUGUCAAUGGCCGCACACCCAUUGACUAUGCCAGGCAGGCGGGGCACCAUGAGCUGGCGGAAAGGCUAGUCGAGUGCCAGUAUGAGCUCACUGACCGGUUGGCCUUCUAUCUCUGUGGACGCAAGCCGGAUCACAAGAAUGGGCAUUACAUCAUCCCACAGAUGGCUGACAGAUCUCGGCAAAAGUGCAUGUCUCAGAGCCUAGACCUGUCCGAGUUGGCCAAAGCCGCCAAGAAGAAGCUGCAGGCGCUCAGCAACCGGCUUUUUGAGGAACUUGCCAUGGACGUGUACGAUGAGGUGGAUAGAAGAGAAAAUGACGCCGUGUGGCUGGCCACCCAGAACCACAGCACCCUGGUGACGGAGCGCAGUGCCGUGCCCUUCCUGCCCGUUAACCCCGAAUACUCGGCCACACGGAAUCAGGGGCGGCAGAAGUUGGCCCGCUUUAAUGCCCGAGAGUUUGCCACCCUGAUCAUAGACAUUCUCAGCGAGGCCAAGCGGAGACAGCAGGGCAAGAGCCUGAGCAGCCCCACAGGUGGGAAAGACAACCUCGAGCUCUCUGCAAGGAGCCAGAGUGACCUCGACGACCAGCACGACUACGACAGUGUAGCCUCGGAUGAGGACACGGACCAGGAACCCCUGCGCAGCGCUGGUGCCACUAGGAACAACCGUGCCCGGAGCAUGGACUCCUCAGACCUCUCUGACGGGGCCGUGACCCUGCAGGAGUAUCUGGAGCUGAAGAAGGCUCUGGCCACCUCCGAGGCGAAGGUGCAACAGCUCAUGAAGGUCAACAGCAGCCUGAGUGAUGAGCUCCGGAGGCUGCAGAGGGAGAUCCACAAACUGCAGGCAGAGAACUUGCAGAUCCGGCAGCCGCCGGGGCCGGUGCCCACAGCCCCGCUGCCCAGCGAGCGGGCAGAACACACGUCGAUGGGGCCUGGUGGGAGUGCCCACCGCAGGGACCGCCAGGCCUUCUCCAUGUAUGAACCAGGCUCUGCCCUGAAGCCCUUUGGGGGCCCACCUGGGGAUGAGCUCACCACCCGGCUCCAGCCUUUCCACAGCACUGAGCUGGAGGACGACGCCAUCUAUUCAGUACACGUCCCUGCUGGCCUUUACCGGAUCCGGAAGGGGGUGUCGGCCUCCGCCGUGCCCUUCACUCCCUCCUCCCCGCUCCUGUCCUGCUCCCAGGAAGGAAGCCGUCACACGAGCAAGCUUUCCCGCCACGGCAGCGGUGCCGACAGCGACUAUGAGAACACACAAAGUGGGGACCCACUGCUUGGAAUGGAAGGGAAGAGGUUUCUUGAGCUGGGCAAGGAAGAGGACUUCCACCCAGAGUUGGAAAGCCUGGAUGGAGACCUUGACCCUGGGCUUCCCAGCACAGAGGAUGUCAUCCUAAAGACGGAACAGGUCACCAAGAACAUUCAGGAAUUGUUACGGGCUGCCCAAGAAUUCAAGCACGACAGCUUUGUGCCCUGCUCAGAGAAGAUCCAUUUGGCUGUGACCGAGAUGGCCUCUCUCUUCCCAAAGAGGCCAGCCCUGGAGCCUGUGCGUAGCUCGCUGCGGCUGCUCAAUGCCAGCGCCUACCGGCUUCAGAGCGAAUGCCGGAAGACCGUGCCCCCGGAGCCGGGCGCCCCUGUGGACUUCCAGCUGCUGACUCAGCAGGUGAUCCAGUGCGCCUACGACAUUGCCAAGGCUGCCAAGCAGCUGGUCACCAUCACCACCCGAGAAAAGAAGCAGUGACCACUCUCCCUGCACCCUUACCUGCACCCUGGGACCUCACUGGCCAUGGGAGCUGGGCCACUCCAGACACUAACCCCCACCCCAACAGAGCCGCUGGCGCAAGUGCCCUUAGUGCUGCCACUCUCCCCUGGCAGCCAGGCGCCCUGGUGCCCGCCCCCCCUCAAGCCCCCAAGGUUGGGGAGGUGGGGUGGCAGGAGCUUCUGUCCCCCACAUUC